UGGGCACCGAGAGCCGGGCGCCACAGACCGCGCGUCCCGCUGUACCCUGCAUGCCUGGGGUCUAUGGAGCUGCCCCUCAGCGUCUCCCGGCCGGCCCCAAGCCGCGCCCGGAGCCUGCCCUGCGGCCAGGUAACUGGGCUGAUUGUCCUGAGGGAGACGCGGGGCUCAGAGCCCGCCUGAGCGAACCCUCCGGGAGAUGGCGGCCCCCUAUCCGAGCAGUGGCAGCGGAAGCGAGGUCAAAUGCGGGGGAAGCCGUGGCACCAGCGUCCCGUGGGACUUUCUGCCAGGGCUGAUGGUCAAGGCCUCGCCUGGACCCUGCCUGCAGGCGCAGCGCAAGGAGAAGUCCCGCAACGCGGCGCGCUCGCGGCGCGGAAAGGAGAACCUGGAGUUCUUCGAGCUGGCCAAGCUACUCCCACUGCCUGGCGCCAUCUCCAGCCAGCUGGACAAAGCGUCCAUAGUGCGCCUCAGCGUUACCUACCUCCGCCUGCGACGCUUCGCCACGCUGGGGGCGCCGCCCUGGGGCCUAAGGGCCACCGCGCCGCCCGCCGGCCUCGCCCCUGGCCGCCGAGGCCCAACAGCGCUGGUGGCAGAAAUCUUCGAGCAGCACCUGGGAGGACACAUCUUGCAGUCUCUGGAUGGCUUCGUGUUUGCUUUGAACCAGGAAGGAAAAUUCCUCUACAUCUCAGAGACGGUCUCCAUUUAUCUGGGUCUCUCACAGGUGGAGCUGACCGGCAGCAGCGUCUUCGACUACAUCCACCCCGGGGACCACUCUGAGGUGCUGGAGCAACUGGGACUGCGGGCCCCGGCCCCUGGCCCCCCCACCCCACCCUCUGUCUCCUCCUCUUCCUCUUCCUCCUCGCUUGCGGAUACGCCCGAGAUCGAGGCUAGCCCCACCAAGGCGCCCCCCUCCUCCCUCGUCCAGGAGCGCUCCUUCUUCAUCCGCAUGAAAUCCACCCUCACCAAGCGGGGGUUGCACGUCAAAGCCUCAGGAUACAAGGUCAUCCAUGUGACUGGGCGCCUUCGGGCCCAUGCACUGGGCCUUGUGGCCCUUGGCCACACGUUACCCCCAGCCCCACUGGCUGAGCUGCCACUACACGGCCACAUGAUCGUCUUCCGUCUCAGCCUGGGUCUCACCAUCCUUGCUUGUGAGAGCAGAGUCAGCGACCAUAUGGAUCUGGGGCCCGCAGAGCUGGUGGGCCGCAGCUGCUAUCAGUUUGUCCAUGGACAGGACGCGACCAGGAUCCGCCAAAGCCACCUGGACUUGCUGGACAAGGGUCAGGUGAUGACUGGUUACUACCGCUGGCUGCAGCGCGCCGGGGGCUUUGUGUGGCUGCAGUCCGUGGCCACUGUGGCUGGGAGCGGGAAGAGCCCUGGGGAGCACCACGUGCUCUGGGUCAGCCACGUGCUCAGCCAAGCUGAGGGUGGCCAAACACCUCUGGAUGCCUUCCAGCUUCCAGCCAGCAUGGCCCAUGAGGACGAGUCCAGCCCAGUGCCAGAGCCCACAAAGCCCGAGCCUCCAGCAGAAGGGAAGCAGGCUGCUCCCCUGGCCAAGAACGAGACCACCCAGACCCGGAGCAAACGCACCAAAGUGGAGCCCAGCCCAAGGGAAACUAAAGACUCAGAGGACAGUGGUGAUGAAGAGGAGCCUUCCAGCCACGCGGCCACCCUGCGGCCUGAGUUCACUUCUGUCAUCCGGGCAGGGUCCCUGAAGCAGGACCCGGUGCGACCAUGGGGCCUGGUGCCUUCUGGGGACCCCCCUCCGACCCUACUCCACGCGGGCUUCCUGCCGCCUGUAGUGCGGGGCCUGUGCACACCUGGCACCAUCCGCUAUGGCCCUGCAGAGUUGGGCCUCAUGUACCCGCACCUGCCGCGGCUGGGCCCAGGCGCUGCCCUCUCGGAGGCCUUGUACCCCACCCUGGGCCUGCCCUACCCUGGGCCUGCGGGCACCAGGGCUCAGCGCAAGGGGGACUGAGGACUGGGAGAGC